UACACAGUUGAAUAUUGAUUCUAUAUGUCUGUAAUUGCCUCAACUCACUGAUUUACUUUGUUUAAAACUAUGAUAUGUGGCUUGAAUCUACAUUACAUAUUGUAAAUCCUAGCUUUCAGGAAUUUUGGUUUGCUUAUUAUAAAAAAGUCAACUAGAUAAAAGGUUAUAGUAGGCAAUCUUUUUAAUAAGCAAACCAGAUCAUGCAGUUUUUUUAUCCUCAAAACUAAGGGUGCAGACCUCAUUGUUGACAGUGAGUAACACAUGGAUAACACAGAAGCUGAAGAGCAAUUUGCUUCAGAGAUGCUGAGGCCGAAACUCAAAGAAUUGGAGGAGGCUGUUCAACCUAAGAUUUCCCCUGUCCAAGACUAUGCCAGUUUUACUCUUCAGAAGGAUUUUUUUAAAUGUGGAUAUGAGUGCUUUGAUAGAAGCAAAAGGCAGGAAGAAGUAAACAAUUGUGUCAAUAAUUGCAUUGAUCUUCUUACUAAAGCGAAAAAAACUUUGGAUAAUGAGAUGGAAAUGUUUGAGGAGAAGAUGAAGAUGAGUACAUCAUUGAUGGUGUGUCUACAAAAGCAUGGGGAAGCUAAGCUCCAGCAGAAAGCUGGUGCUGCGCUUGAUUUGGUUUCCUGUCUUGACCAGUCAAUCCAGGAAAACAUCAAGUUUCUGCCACAUAUUAACAAGCUGAAAGCUGCCUUUGGAAUUAGUGACGAUAGCUCCUCGUAGCUUAUUUUUCCAGGGGGAAAAGACUACUAUUGUUAAUAGUUUUUAGCAGCUUUUUUUUUUUUUCCUUCCAUACAUUUUUAACCCCACACGCAAAUCAAAGUGGGUGCAAACCAAACUUGCAUUACAAACAGAUAGUUAUGGUGCUUUCUAAAUAUGCACACUUCCUAUAGACUGUAGUUGCAUAUGGUUAACAUUCGAGUACAAGAACUCCAAUUUCUCAAUAUACACCAAUCCAUUUAAAGAAA